AUUAGAAUUGGGUUUAAAAAAUAUAUUGACAGUCACAUGACAUAUCACGUGAUGUAAAUAUGGCGGAUUGAGGCAGGAACUCCAAGGAAGAUGAGUAUUCUGAAAUCACUCAAAGGGACUUUUAGAAAUGUCCAAGAGGAUAUUUCAGGAAGUUUGAAGUCCCUAACAGUUUCACCAGAAAAAGGAAAAACCCAGGACAGUCACUUUCACUUUAGCAGCACUGUCAACUACGAUGGUGGAGCAGAAAUUUUGCACAAGAAUCAGAAUAUCUGGAAAGAUCUUUAUGCAUACUCUGAGGAAAACUCUAUAAGGGCACAGAACGUUGAUAUUCAGAUAGGCAACUUGUUCGUCUACUGUGACAAACAGUCUGAGAGUUUGAUGAAGCUUCAUGAGGAAUCAUCACGUCUGCCUUCAUUAAUUACCCAGUUACAGACCAUCACUGACUCAUUAGCCCUGGUAGAGGAAGAGUAUGAUAAAGUAGAGGCAGCCUUGGUGCACUUAGAGAAUCUUUGUGAGGAGCAAGAGUUCCAGAGAAAUACAGCCUCCCAUCAUAAACAACUGGCUGUAUAUAAGAUGAAGAAAGAACAUGAAUUACAGAGAUAUCGAGCAAGGUUAGCUGCUGAGCAUGCUCACAAAGUGGAACAGGUGAACAAGAAACGUCAGAAUUUAUUGCACGAGAAACAAGAGGCCUAUAAUGAGCAGUUUGCACAAGACGUUGAUUACUUUAAGAAACAUGGGAAACCAGGAAGAUUACCAAGUACACCAGAGAGUGAGAAAAAACUUGAUCUAGCCGAGGUUGAGAUAGAUGAGGAUCCAGAGGCACUAGAUGCAUUCCUACAGUCUGAUGAUACCCCCUCGCCCACAGAAGCUAAGGAUAACACUGAAGAAAAUUCAGUGGAGAGCACAGAAAAAACAGAAACCGAAGUUGAGGUCCUUUCUGACAUUUUAUCACCCUCAGACUCCGUGAUGGAAAUGUCAAAGGUCAUUGACACACCAGAAGAAAAUUCCUUACCAGAAGUUGCCUCCCCUGAUUUACCAGACCAGUCUGGAACUGACUUGCCAUUAAAAGAAAACAUUAAAGAUGUAGAAAACCAGUCAGAUUCUCAGACUGAUUCUAAAGAAUUACCACAAGCAGACCAAAGUGAUAAAAUUGAAACAGAGGACCAUUCCAUUGUGCCUGAAGAAUCUGCUAGUACAUAACAGUAGAAUUUUUCAAAACAUAAUCCCAUAUGUAACGUAUAAUGAACUCGCCAUGUUUUGAAUUGGGAACUAUUUAUUGCUAAUUUAGGUGAUUUUAAUAUGACUAUAUAUAUAUUUUUUAGUAGUCCACAUGGGCUACGUUGGUUUAUUACUGAAUCUUUUGGUGAUAAAGGCCGAUCAUUUGUUACUGAUUGCAUUAAGAUAAUAAAAUUUAACUUAAAAACCACUGUGAUGAAUUUGGAAUGUAACCAAAUUAAGGGAAGAUAAAGCUGUUUUAUUCAGUUCGAAAUAUACAUCAAAUUAAAACAUGUUUAUUCACCCUAAACUGAUUGUAUUUUGAUGAUGUUUUUGUUUUUUCAUUGAAAAUAACUCAUAAUAGCACUGUCCUGAAAAUGUUAAAAUAAUCAUUAUAAAAAUUGAGCCCAAUAAAACUUUCAAUAGUUUAAAAACUAUUCCACUAUGCAAUAUUAUUAUGUAUAUGUUAUUGUUAACAAUAAAUAGUAUUUAUUUUA